GUUCAGUCUCAGUCUGUGUUCAGAAUGUUACCGAGUAAAGAUCUUGCUAUAUGUUUCCUUAUUUUAUGGAUUUUCGUAAAUAACGCAAAAUGCCAGGAUUUAAAAGAAAUGUCUAAAACAUUGGACGAAAUGCUCGUCAAUGGCAGAUCAUUUCGAAGACCCCGAGACUACGAAGAUACAUCAGUAAUUUGGCAAAAGAAUGAAUUCGGUGCUGAAGCUGGAAAUCGAGAAGAAGUUGUUGUGACAAAUAUUUCAUUGCAUACACUUGGUGAUAUAACUGAAAAGAUUGACAUAUCAAUAAACAAUUGGCAAUUUUUGCAAACAGAAACAAGUUAUUUUAUUAAUGCCGAAAAUUCGACAUUGCUUUUCUACAAGAUUAAUUUAGACGAUUUGUCAAUCGAACGUAUUAUAAGUAUAUCGACUGAGGGGCACAUAUUACAGUUUAAAGUUCUCCAUUUCAAUGUCGAAGCAACGUUUAAUGAAAAUCACGCAAGCAAUUUAAUGGCAAUUCUACUUGUUGAAUCCCAGUACGGUUAUUUUCUAUAUUGGUAUAAAAUUUUUGGCAAUACAUACAUGUUGUAUUCAACAUUGCCCGUACGGAAGCAAAUUCAAGACAUGGAAUUCGUGCGAGAAGAAAAUCAAUAUGAAUUAUUGCUACUCGACAAUGAUGAUGCAUAUUUCAAAGGACAAUCACUGAUCGAUGUUUAUGGUUUCGAUAUUGAUUAUAAUAAUCAUCGUAUCGAUAUAUGGUUUUGUCGGCGAUUAUUUCUUCCAAAAGUAUUCAAUGUUCAAGUUUGCCCAGUUUAUGGACGCAUUAUAUUGGCUUUUCAAGGAAUCGAUAACGUUGUUCUAUAUGAGUCGAAAAAUGAAGAUAAAUUGUGCCAGUUUGAAAAAUUAGAAGUUAUCAAAUCCAACAAACUCGCAAAUUUUGCUUGCUUUGAAAGCGGUUAUAUUGAAUACUUAGCAAUUGGUGGAGAAGAACUGCGUUUAUUUCACUUUUUUGAGAACAAUUUUCAAGAUAACGUUGAGACAAAUCUGCAUUUCGAUAAAACAACCGAAAUUUUAUGGAUAGUCACGAUACCACUAAAUACAUAUAGGGAUGAAUCUUUGUUACUAGUUCAAUUUAACAAUUUAACCGUAACCGCUUUGGCUUGGCACGGAUCAAAGUUUAAGGUCGUGCCUUUAUCUAAUCAGAUUUUAAAUAACUUUGAUCUGUCAAAAAUUAUCGUUAUUCCAAAAGUCGGAUUCGUGCAUACAAACACGCUUGUACGUAUAGACGUGACCUUAAAAGAAUCAGCGCAUCCUAUUCAUCAUGAGACGGAAAGCGUGUUAAAAACACGAGUUUUGUUGGAAGAAGUUUUUCGAAAACAGGAAGCCAUCUUUGAUGAGACUGAAGCACGGUUUAAUCAAAGUUACUUUGAGAAUCCUAUAACAACAGGAUUUUGGAAUCUUUCGAAAGUAAAUGUAUCGAACGCUACAAUCAAAACACAUGUAAAUUAUGACGCUGUCAAAGUCGGCUCGAUCAAUUUAGAAAUGAAAGAUAUAUCGAUAAACGUGACAUCAAAUUUAAAGAAAUUAGAAGAAUUAGAAACGGAGCUCGAUCAAAUUUUACCAAACUUGAAGAACGUGACUAAUGCGACAAGAAUUACCUUACCGUCAGAUAUCGAAUUAACUGGAGAUUUUCUGGUGAAUGGUACUCUAUAUAUGAAAAAUAUAGCUGCCGCUUUUAUUAAUAAUGCAUCAACUUCAAUCAUAGCGAACGGUAUUACAAAUCACGUCAUUAUCAACGGCCAGAAAUCUUUUCCUUCAAUCGACACCAAUAAUUUAACGAUUCUCUCUUUAAAUGGCAUACCAUUGGAAAAAAUUGCGUUCGACUUUUCAAUUAAAAAUUACAGCGAUGUAAACUUUUCAAAGUUAAAGCAAUUAAAGAUUGACGGACACUUAAAUUUUUCCAAAAUAAAUAGUAUUAAGUGGAAAAAGCUGAUGCAAAGUAUAGUUUGGAAAGAUGACUCGACAAUUAUUUCUGGAGAGACAAUUGUGGAAGGGCUUGUCGCUGAAGAAGCUAAUGUUAAAAAUCUUAAUGGUUUGCAAUAUCCAGAGAAUUAUGUUCUAUUAAAUGAGCAAUUUUCUAUCAACAUCACGGGUAAAAAGUACUUUGGCAAUCUGUCUACGACACAUUUGCUGGACAUCGAGGCAAUAAACAAAAUAGAUAUUGACGAUUUCAUUAUUCUCAGCAGACAUGAAGCUAUUAAUAAAGAAAUUACUUUUGAAAAUCUGGAAAUUGAUGGAAUCUUUCAGAUCGAUGGAAAUAUAACGGGUAUUAACAUGAGCAACGUAGAGAACCUGCUUAACGAAACCGAUAGUCUUGUAUCAGAUGUUAUUUUUGAAAAUCUGACCGUUGUGGGAAAUAUUGUACUCAAAGAUUCAAUUAGUGCUAAAGUAUGGUCGAAUCUCGACGAUUUCUUAUUAAAAACUGAAAAAGAUGCAGUAAUUAUUGGAAAUAAAAUAUUCUGGAAUGACGUCAACAUAAAGUCUCACCCAAUAAUUAAAUCUAGACGAAUUAAUGAUCACUUUUUCUCGGAAUUCGUAACAACAUUAAGCACCAAUCAACAGUUUCCUCAUUUGACAAAGAUAUCAGCAAAUGUCAUGUUUGGUAAUGUAACUCUUGGCACUAUGAAAAAGUUGGAGGAUUAUGUAACACACGAACAGGCUAUCGCUUCUGGUUGCUUAAACAAAAUACUAUUGUUUAUUAAAUCAUCUGUUAUCGACAAUUUGUCUUUUGAUACCAUAAAGCAGACUAUUUCGCAAACUACUUUCUUCGACAAAAUAAAUAAAACUUUUCAACAAGUGUAUUUCGAGAAUUUGACAAUCUCGACAUUACUGACUGAUGAGGUCUUGCCGAACACAAUCAAUGGAAUCAACUACACUGAUUUGGCUAAACGCGUGUUAACACUCUCUACGCGGCAGAAUUUGACAGGCGCUUUAAAAGUUGACAAUUUGGAAACUGACAUUUUAGAUGCAGAAAUUAUCAACGGAAUACCAUUAAAUACAUGGAAUCUAUUAUUCACGCACGCGAAAUCACUUUACGAUGACGUUUUCGACGGAAAGUCAUCAAUAACAUCUCUACGAGUGACAGGGAUAAUAACGGCGUCUACGAUUAAUAACAAUGACAUUAUUGACAUUUACGAGGAAGAUAAUAUGGCGACUGUUACUUUCAAUAAGAACGUGUCGAUCAAAAAUUUGAGAAUACGUGGCUUCAUAAACAAUUUGAACUUGUCUGAAUUUAUCGCUGAUACAGUACAGAAAACCGAUAGGAAUAUUACAUUUAUAGAUCGCAAAAUAUUCAAAAAUAUCACAUGCGAAUUUUUAGAAGCGCAAUUUAUAAAUGGACAUUUUGUGAACGAUAGCUUGGAUCCAAAUGAAAAACAGACACUAAGAGGACCAAUUGUUAUAAAUGGUUCGGUCACGGUUUUCAAAAAUUUCAAUACAACUGGCAAGAUUGGAAAUUCUGUAUUCUUAAACGAUUUCACGGAUAGAUUUAAGACACUUGAGGAUAGCUCUUAUGUUCUUCGCGGUAAUUUUUACUUUACUGAAACUGCCUCCGUAACAAAACUGAACGUAAGUGGAUCAAUUCAAGGAUCAAAGUUGGACAGUUUCCUCGAGACAACAAUCUUUAAGAAUGACGCAAAUGUUACAAUAUCUGGAUUGAAAUUAUUUAAAAAUUCAGUUAAAUUUAAUGGUGCAUUUAACAUCGAUGGCAGCUUGAACGAUUUAGAUUUACAUAGAUUUCACGAAAAUGUUGUUUGUAUCGAUAAACCUUUUUCAAUUGAUACCAAAGUCAUGUUCCGAAAAGAUGUUCAUCUACAAAAAAGUCUCAUAGUAAAGACAAAAUUACAAGCAAUCACCAUUAUGGGAGUUGAUAUAAAAGAUUUGCAGGAGAAUGUUAUCGACCUUAAUAAGCCCAAAUAUUUUCCAGCACGAUGGACAUUCGACAAUGUAACUUUUCAGACAAACAUAAAAAUUAUGCAGGUCAAUGAUUUACAAAUGGAUCUGUUGAUUUUGUUAAAUACGCAACAGUUUAUCAUGGCUGAUAAACUUAAUUGUACUAAUAUUAUUGUUCGAAACAUUCAGAUAUCAGGACGUAUUAACACCUACUAUAUAGAAGAUAUCUAUGCAGACACUUUUAUGGUAUAUGGUAAUCAGAAUAUUACGGGAUGCAUAAAAAUACGAGGAAAUGUUUAUGCAUAUCAUGACUUUAACGCUCAUCUGAUCAAUAAUUUUAACCCUACGAAAAUUGUUUCUUUAACUGCAAUCGAUACUCUAACGGGAAACUUUAUGUUCAAAACUCCAGUUGUUCUCAAUAAAAGUCUUAGAAUUUUGGGUCUUCUGAACAGAAUAAGUCCAAUUAAUUGGCAAGGAGUAGCAAUAAAGACAACAAAUGAAGCAAAACAGAUUAUAUCUGGAAAGUGGAGAGUGUAUGGAAAUGUCUACUUUGAAGCACACGUCGAUGGAAAUGAGUUUUUGAAUAAAGUUAAUGUCAUCGACAUAUCAUUGACUUCAGCAAGAGAACAUCCUGAAAUAGAUCACGUUAUUGAGGAAGCAUACGAGGAUUUAAAUAACGUGUGUGCAUUGCACUUAGAUAUGCUCAAAUGCAAUGCUGUAAACCAGAUAUAUAAAUUCCAUGCGUUUGAUUAUCUAAAAAUCCAAGAAUUCGAAGGAGAUAUUCAUGAUAUCCGUAAUGUCGAAGUAAAUGAUGUGGAUUAUAUAUUAGUAAAUUAUAACAUUUGCCAUACAACACUUCUAUCGUAUACUCAAACUGAUUUUCAAGUGAUCGAUAAAGUGUCCAAUUUUGGAUUAAUUGAUCAAUGGAUGUUUUUUAAAUCGAAUCACGUUUUAUAUUUGCUUACCAUCGCAAAACGCUCCUGCGGUAGAAGCCUUAACAAUAUAUGGAAAUUGGAAAAUAAUAGAUUAAUGCAUGUAUUAGAACUUGGUAAUGCCACAGACAUGAAUUUGUAUCAAGAUGAAUUUGUAGCAAUAAUUCGAGAAAAUUUUGAAGCAAAAUCUGAAAAUGUUACACAGCCGGAUGUAUUAAAAGCUCUCAUCUCGUCGAAAAAUGAGGAAUUAAAUUUUGUUUCAAAUAGCAAUCUUAUUGUGCUAGCCAACCAACCCUUAACUUAUGAACUGCAAGAAAGAUCUUUAAACGGCACUCGUAUAAAAAAUUGUCUCGGUUGUGGCAGCCUAUUGACUUUCAAAGUAGGUAUUUAUGGAAAAGAAGAGUACAUCCACUACGAUGAAGAAAUCAGCCAAGAUUAUAUAUAUCUAUGCAAAAAUGAUAUUUCACAAACAAGGAUCUUGCAGACUAUAAAAGCACGUCGACCAAAAUCACUUUUAAUUCUAAAUUUUGGUGGAUCUGUCGAAACAUUGCUUGUUUUCGUAGAAAAUAAUGAUAUUAUUCAGGUUUACGAAUAUACAGGUAUUGAGGGUUUUGUGCAUCGAAAUAUGAUACAAAUAAAAAUUGAUAAGUUAUACAACUUUAAAGUAAGGAAAUACAACAAUUUAGAAAAAAGACACUGUUUAGCUGUAGUUCACAAAAAUCGAUUAACAAUUUUAGAAGCAAAAAUGUAUGGCGAAAAAUUAGAUUUGAGAACAUUAGCUAUGGAUUCUUGUUAUACGAAUGCGUGCUAAAUAUAUUAAAAAUAUAAUUAUAUAUAUAUA